AAAAAAUUUCGGUACACAGUUUUUCGGCUAUGUUAGUAUCGUAAAAGCGUGUUACUUACUAGAUCGUCUCCAACAAUUUUGUGCUUCAACUGAACCUCAGUCCUACUACCUUUUGCAAGAGCAAUUGAAAUGGAUUCGAUAAAGAUGUGUCGUGCAUGUCUAUCGCCCGAAGGACGAGCUCGUCUAUUAGAUUGGUAUCAGCCUGUUGAGUCGUUGGAAUAUGUUUUAUCAUACAAAGAGUGCUUCUGCAAAUGUACUCAAAUAUCAAUGACCGAAAACAAUGAAAGGCAAUCCCAAUUUUUGUGCUACUGUUGUGCAAAAAAGCUUAAAGAAGCUUAUAAUUUUAUUGAAAAGGCGAAGCAAGCUGAUGAUGAAUUACGUUGCAUGAAGACUCAGCUUAUUCCAAUUGAAGAUAUGCCAAACAGAUUUGAAUGGGUAUCAGUAAAAGCAAAACAAAUUGAUGCUGAGAAAUCUGCAGAAAAUACUACAGAAACCAAGAUUGACGAUAUACAGAUCAAUACUGUAUGCCAGGAAAAUGAACAAAGAGACGGUGAUUUAAAGGCAGAAAAUACAUUUAAACUUCAGUGCUAUGAUGAACAUGAAACGGAAUUAUUGAACCAAAAUGAAUUCGACAGCUUCUCUAAUAACACAUUUAAAAGUAAAAUUAAAACUCAUGCAAAAACUAAAAUGAAAUUAAAAAAAAUGGAUGAAUUGGUUAAUUGCGAAGAAUGUAAAAAAAUUAUGACAAGGAAGGCAUUGAUAAAACAUAAACCACGCCACAAACCUAAAGUUUUCCUUUGCCAAGCCUGCCCAAAAACGUUUCGCGAAUCCAAUGGUUUAAAAAACCACGAACUUAUUCAUCAAGAAAAUCGUGAACGGUAUCCAUGCGACAAGUGUAAUCAAACAUUUUUAUCACCAUAUUCCUACAAAAAACACGUACAAACUCAUGAAAACAAUAGAAAACCGAUUUAUAAAUGCACACAAUGCGAAAAAUCCUUCCUACAUAAAAACGGUCUAACAAUCCACGAACUUCAUCACAAGGGGGCCUCAAUCGAAUGCAAUAUAUGUAAAAAACGAUACGUCCGACAAAUAGAUCUGGAUACUCACUUGCGAACCCAUUCUGGAGAAUCUCCAUUUGUGUGCCAUAUAUGUGGAAAAUCAUUUAUUCAUAAACGUAUUCUAAACCGGCACUUGCAGUAUCAUGAAUUAUAUUUUAGUUACACUUGCUUGACCUGUGGCGAAAAAUUCUCAAAGUACGACAAAUACUACUCACAUCGCAUGCGGCACACUGGCUUACCUUAUAAAUGUGGUGCAUGUGGGAAACAAUUCCCUGACGCAUAUAAAAUUAAACGCCAUAUUAAAGGAGUGCACAAAGUUGAGAAACACGAUGACUUAGAAAAUCUUGUAGUGAGAAUAAAUAUAACUAAAGAACAUAGAGGCCGAAUUGUGGAAGUUUUAAAGAAUCCGGAGGAGGAAAAUCCAACUUAAUUUAAAGUUAUUCAAAUAACAGUAAAGUUAACAGCAGAUGUUUUUCAUUCUUCAUUAUUGAGACAAAAACUAUUUACAAAUGAGAUCAACGAGAA